GGAUUUUGAUUCCACACUCUCUCACUCAGUUACACUGAAAGAUCUCUCCGAGGUAUAUUGUGUAUUAUUAGGUCUAAACAAAUGGCUGCGGCAUUGGUUGCUAACGGCGAUAUCCCGGCGCCGGCCACAGGCCGAGUUGCCUCCGUCUACAGCGAGGUCCAGGCGAGUCGCAUCGACCACACCCUCCCUCUCCCUACCGUGCUCAGAAACCCCUUCAAGAUCGUCGAAGGACCACCUAGUUCCGCGGCUGGCAAUCCAGAUGAAAUCGCAAAGCUUUUUCCACAACUUUUCGGCCAGCCAUCUGCCUUGGUGGUGCCGAGCGAUUCUGACUCUAACGAUUCGCAGAAAAAGUUGAAAAUUGGUGUCGUUUUGUCGGGAGGCCAGGCACCUGGAGGGCACAAUGUCAUUUCUGGAAUUUUUGAUUACUUGCAGGAGCGUGCUAAAGGCAGCGUAUUGUACGGUUUCAGGGGAGGUCCAGCUGGAAUCAUGAAGGGCAAGUAUGUGGAACUUACACCAGAAUAUAUUUACCCGUACAGAAACCAGGGUGGUUUUGAUAUGAUAUGUAGUGGAAGAGAUAAGAUUGAAACUCCAGAGCAGUUUCAACAAGCUGCAGAUACUGCCGCGAAGCUUGAUUUGGAUGGACUUCUUGUUAUUGGUGGGGAUGACUCGAACACAAAUGCCUGCCUCCUUGCUGAGAAUUUCAGGGGAAAGAAUUUGAAAACUCAGGUGAUUGGGUGUCCAAAAACCAUUGAUGGUGACUUGAAAUGCAAAGAAGUCCCAAUAAGUUUUGGGUUUGAUACUGCUUGCAAGAUAUAUGCAGAAAUGAUUGGAAAUGUCAUGAUAGAUGCCAGAUCAACUGGAAAAUAUUAUCACUUUGUGCGGCUUAUGGGGCGUGCAGCUUCACACAUAACACUUGAAUGUGCUUUGCAAACUCAUCCAAACAUUACAAUUGUUGGAGAAGAGGUUGCUGAGAAGAAGUUGACACUGAAAAAUGUUACAGAUUACAUUGUUGAUAUAAUCUCCAAACGUGCCGAACUUGGUUAUAACUAUGGUGUCAUACUUAUUCCUGAAGGUCUAAUUGAUUUCAUUCCAGAGGUGCAACAACUUAUCGCCGAACUGAAUGAAAUUCUGGCCCAUGAGGCUGUCGAUGAAGAUGGGCAAUGGAAAAAGAAACUUACUGAUCAAUCAUUACAGCUUUUUGAAUUUUUACCUUCAGCAAUCCAAGAGCAGUUGAUGCUUGAAAGAGAUCCUCAUGGAAAUGUUCAGGUUGCCAAAAUAGAGACAGAGAAGAUGCUUAUUCAAAUGGUUGAAACUGAAUUGGAGAAAAGGAGUCAAGCAGGUGCAUACAAAGGUGGAUUCCAAGGACAGUCUCACUUUUUCGGGUAUGAAGGAAGAUGUGGUCUGCCAACUAAUUUUGAUUCUACCUAUUGUUAUGCAUUGGGUUAUGGUGCAGGAGCUCUCCUUCACAGUGGGAAAACUGGAUUGAUAUCAUCGGUGGGGAAUUUGGCUGCUCCAGUUGAAGAAUGGACCGUUAGUGGGACAGCCUUAACUGCACUAAUGGACGUGGAGAGAAGACAUGGAAAGUUUAAGCCUGUGAUCAAGAAGGCCAUGGUGGAGCUUCAAGGUGCACCAUUUAAGAAGUUUGCAUCCUUACGAGACGAGUGGGCCCUCAAGAAUUGUUAUAUCAGUCCCGGUCCUAUUCAAUUUGUUGGCCCAUCAUCAAAUGCAACUAAUCACACUCUACGCUUGGAACUCGGUGCGCAAGUGUAGGAUUAUUAGUGUCUUCUUAUUUUUAUAAACGAGAGGGAAAGGAACUGAAAUGCUCUCUGCAUCAUCAAGAUAAAUUGCUUUUGAUGUUUUUCGGCAGAUGUGAGAUUGUUCUGCUUAAUGUAGGCUCUCCAAACUUUUUUUUCCUAUUCUGAAAUUUCAAUUAGGUGGGAUUUCUCCCCCCCUGCUCUAUUUGGGACGAACUAGUUUUGAGUUUUGACUGCCCUUAAGGUGCAGGUUAAUCACCUGUGUUGGUUUUCUUGUGUAAUGUCACUUCUGUAAGAGCACGAAAAAAUAACAUCAAUAAUAAAAAUAUUAGAAAUGUGAGAUUUUAAUGGA